GCGGCGGCACCGCGGGCGCAGGGAGAAGGGACGCACCCAGCCGGACCUUUAAACUCCCGGCGGCGGCAGAACUACACUUCCCAGCGUGUCGCGGGGCGGCCGCCCGUUCCCUGGCGCAGGCGCGCUGUGGCGGGUGGGUGGUGGUGACGGGCCGGCGCUUACCUCACAGAGGCUGCGCUGCGUGUCUCUCCCCGGCAGCGCGGCGGCCUGGGCCGCGCAGCUUCUGCGUGCGGCUCCGUCCUGCCUCGGCGAGCGGCCGUCCGCUUCGUGCCCGCCUGUGGAAGGAGGGGCAGCGCCGCGGGACGGUGGUUUCGCUGCCUUUCCUCUCGCUUCCCUUUCUCCACCUCCACGCGUGUGACGCGCGGCUUUGUCGUCGCCGGGGCCGCCUUUGUCAGGCUCCGGGCCUUCAGCUAGGCCCGCUCUUCCUCCCGGGAGCCAUGUCCGAGCAGACGGGCUUGGCCCUGCCGCAGUCCAUGGACAGAAGCUGCUGGGUUUGUUUUGCUACUGAUGAAGAUGAUCGGACAGCAGAGUGGGUGAGACCUUGCAGGUGCAGGGGCUCCACAAAAUGGGUUCAUCAGACUUGCCUGCAGCGCUGGGUGGAUGAAAAGCAAAGAGGAAACAGUACUGCUAGAGUUGCUUGUCCUCAGUGCAAUGCAGAAUAUUUAAUAGUAUUUCCGAAGCUAGGUCCAGUUGUUUACGUUUUGGAUCUUGCAGAUCGACUGAUCUCAAAGGCAUGUCCAUUUGCUGCAGCUGGAAUAAUGGUGGGCUCUAUAUACUGGACAGCUGUAACAUAUGGAGCUGUGACAGUGAUGCAGGUUGUGGGUCACAAAGAAGGUCUUGAUGUCAUGGAGAGAGCUGAUCCUUUAUUUCUUUUGAUUGGACUUCCCACUAUCCCAGUCAUGCUAAUACUGGGCAAGAUGAUUCGUUGGGAGGACUAUGUGCUCAGACUGUGGCGCAAAUACUCUAAUAAGCUACAAAUUUUGAACAGCAUAUUUCCAGGCAUUGGAUGUCCUGUUCCUCGUAUUCCAGCAGAGGCCAACCCUUUGGCAGAUCAUGUCUCUGCUACACGUAUUCUAUGUGGAGCUCUAGUUUUCCCUACUAUUGCCACAAUAGUUGGCAAGCUGAUGUUCAGCAGUGUUAACUCCAAUUUACAACGGACAAUCUUGGGUGGAAUUGCUUUUGUUGCUAUAAAAGGAGCUUUUAAGGUUUACUUCAAACAGCAGCAAUAUCUGCGUCAAGCUCACCGCAAAAUUUUAAAUUACCCUGAGCAAGAAGGAGCGUAAUGCUGUGAUCUCUGGAGCUCGGACACUCUCACCAAGCAGGUUUCCAUGUUGUGUUGGUUCCAUCUUAUUGCACACUAGUGGAGAAUUGUGAUAAGUCGCUGCUCCUAUUUUUAUUUUUUUUUUCCUUUAAAUCUAAUAAAGCACUGUCUUGUGGCAGGGUAAAUCCUUUCAGCAACCAUCAAACCUAAGAAUGUGACCUGGCUUUCCUUAUUUUGGGGUAUUUCUGUUGGGCAACAAGCUUCUGAAUUACUUUGAGCCAAUAUGCUGAAUGGAAAAAGAAAAAGCAUAAACUACAGAGCAAGAACAUUUUGUGUAGUUAAUGUAGUCUAUAUCCAAAUGCCUUUUCUGUACGUUUGUGCUCAUACCCACACUAUCAUCCAGUUCAGCAUUUCACACAAUGAAGGGAUUUUUAUUUUGUUUUUUUAGAAAGGAAAUGUGAGUCAUUACCAAGGAGAAGUAAUUGUGGGACAUCAGUCAAUAAAGAUUUCCUUGGUUUUUGCUGGUAGCAAACAAGGAGUGUAAAAUGCUCAAAGGACUGGUUAGAGAAAGCGGAAGACAGAUCACUCUCUCCAGGACUUGUGUGUCAGCUUUAGCCACCUAAGUAGUAGGUGUUGAAAUCAGCAUGGCUUCCAGGUGACUGCUUUAUUACUGGUAAUUUUUACUGUCCUGUUGUAUCUUCUGCAGUGCCUAGUGUUAUUUUCUCAUGGCUCUUUUACUGGUUUGUGACUGGUGCUGGAUAGCAUAUUUUUUUUCCUCCACCAUAAACUAAUUACAUGGGGGGAAAUAAAUUUCAGUUGCUUAUUUUGUAGCAAAGUAUUUGAGCACUUGUUUAGUUUUCAUGUCCCUUUUGAUUAUGUAAAUAUCCAUACCAUACAAAGAGCAGAAGUGUGAGGAAACAACAUUGGACACUAAAGCUACAUUAAAACUGACAGAUUAGGACAUCCUUCUGAACUUCCAGACCUGAGUGUAUAACUCAGCUCUGUACCAGGACUGGGUUCUCUUCUGCCCACACCAGCCCCAGUGGAACAACUGGCUGGAAGGGGCGACACUACGCUUUGGGUACCUCAUCUGAGCAUGGUACACACCAGUGGGCUCGACACUCAAGACACCUUGGCUCGCUUCUGGAAAGGACUAAAGGAUAAAUCUUAAAUGUAUAAUAAACUAAGUUUAUUUAUAAAGUAAGCUUUACUGUUGCAAUAUGUUCCAAGUAGCCAGCUGAGGGAGACACUAGCACUUCAGUUAUCUGAUGUAUUUAUAAACUUAAUUUCAACAGAAAUUAACUGUUUUGUGAAGUUAUAUUUUGACAAAUGUAAUACAGCCAGUUAAUAUUCAUACCAGACCUAACCUAGCUUUAGUACUUGAAGUUUUUUCUUAACAACAAUUUGUUAUUCUCAAUGUUGGUGGUUGUUUAGGCUUUUCUUUUUCCUUGCUCAUAUUAGUGCAUCAAAUGCAUGGAGAAAGGUUUAAAAAAACUCUUUUAGUGGAAGUAUUCAUAAGUAACUAUUUCUUUUCACCAGAAAUGAAGUAAACGCAGAAUGAACUUCGUAUUUGACUGCAAUAACGUAUGUUAGAGAAAUUCAAAAUAUGGUACCUUUUCUAUAGUAUCUUUAUCUUAAUUACUGAGAUGUAAUAUUUUAGAACUGUACAAAAGUGUAUAUAUUGGCCAAGUAGUAUUCAAAAACUAUACAGGUAUUGAAAAUUAUAAAUUCAAUCAGUACCAAAUACUUUUGAGGUUCUUGCUGUAGCUGAAGAACUACUAUAAUCUUGUAAGUCUGCUGAUUAUCUUUGAGUGGGCUCACUUUUAUAUAAAACUCUAAACAGUCACAACCUCUAAUGGUUGCUGCUUUCUGUAAGAUAGUCUGAAACAAUGUCAUAUGUAUUUCUUACAGAAUUCCUCAUUUCGAGAAAACAGCUUUUCAGUGGUCUUCACUGUAUAUAUUUCCAAGCAAUUUAUUACUGUUUUAUAAAGUUUCAUUAAUUGAAUGAUGCAAAUUAGCAGGUUUGAAACUUGUUCCAUGGGAAAGCUCAAUGUCUCCUUGGGAAGUUAAAGCUCUUGUAAAAAUGCAAUUAUAAAAAUACUGUAUGGACUACAAAAUGAUUUCACCUGAGUGCCAGAAGGUCAUUAUUCUGUUGUAAAUCUUGUUUUUAAGUAUUGCAAAUUAUAGUUAUGUUGAAUUAGGUUGAAUAAAUAUUUUUUACACUC